AUUUGUGUAAUGGACCCGUAAUGAAUGGGCGACGUGCAGAACAAGCGCGUGGUGUGACGCGUAAUUGGGUUGCCCUAAGCAAGGGCAUGACGGAAGCAGAAAGAACUCAUUGUCGUUGUUCUUAUCCACCCAUCCAGUGCAACCUAAACGCAUCAUCAUCACCAUCACCACCAUCUCCUUGUUUUCAUAAAUAAAAAUCAUCAUGUCAUCUCCCUUCUCCCUUCAACAGCACCGAUCUUCGUUCACUUGAUUCCUUUUUCCCCUUUUUCUUCUCUUCUAAUUCAAUCCAUCAACUACAAAGGAUGGAGCCUAUGGAUAUCGUUGCAAAAUCAAAGGAAGAUGCUUCGCUUCCUAAAGCGACAAUGACGAAAAUUAUUAAAGAGAUGUUGCCCCCGGAUGUGCGUGUCGCAAGAGAUACUCAGGAUUUGUUGAUCGAAUGUUGUGUAGAGUUCAUAAACCUCGUCUCAUCAGAAUCUAAUGAAGUAUGUAACAGAGAGGAAAGAAGGACGAUUGCACCUGAGCAUGUAUUGAAGGCUUUAGGGGUUCUUGGAUUUGGCGAGUACAUUGAGGAAGUUUAUGCAGCAUAUGAACAGCACAAGAUGGAGACAGUGCAGGACUCUAUAAAAGGUGCUAAGUGGAGCGGUGGAGCUGAGAUGACAGAGGAACAAGCAUUAGCCGAGCAGCAAAGGAUGUUUGCAGAGGCACGUGCUAGAAUGAAUGGAGGAACCAUUACUUCCAAUCAACCCGAUGCUGACCAAAGUUUAGAGAGCUAACUUUAGGGUCUUUAUUUUCUUGAAGCAUAGGCAAGCAUAUCUGACUCUUCCCUAUGGGUAAUUUAGCUCGAUUUUGCACAAAACUCAUUCACUACUUUGCUGGUCUAUGUGAAUGUGCUCCCCAUUUGUGUUGUGUUAGCGAUCCAUAUUUGUAAGUUAAUGUAAUUAAUUUAUGGAUUUCAUUCAAUCGCUGGUCUAUUUAGAAUUGUAUAUGUAAAUUAUUUCAUUUAGUUGUAUCUUCUACACUGAAUAGCUCUUUUGUUUAGUUUUGAAAUAGUGAAUGUAUGAAAUUGUGACAGUUUAUUAUAA